AUGCUAGCCAUGGUGCUCGCUUUAGUGUCGGCCGUCGUGCUUUCGCCGAUUUACGCCGAUCGCCGGCAAAUCGAGACGCGGUGGAGCUCCGGCGGCCUGGUGCUGCCGGUGGUGGUGGUGGCCGGGUUAAUAGUCGCCAUCAGGACGACUAAUUCUUCGUCCAAAAACCAUGUAUUGCAAAAGGUGUCUCAGAAUAAUUGUGGUGAUAUUUAUCGGUCUCCGGAUGAUAAUAACUGUGGGGCUAGUUUGGUAUUCAGGAUUGGGAGCUCAAGUUGGGGUCUAGCAGGGAUUUUGGUGAUGCUUAUUUUUGUGAUUUCAUGGCAGGAUUAUGUGAAACAUAUUUUCUGGAGAUAA